AUGAACCCCUCGACUCAGCAGCUGAAGGAGCUGGGCCCGUUGGUCGCGCAGAAGUUUGACACGGCGCUGAACGCGGGUGAUGCGUUCUUCUUUGACUCGGCCGUGCACGUCACCGGCGACGAUGUGAAAGAAGGCAUGCCGGCCAUCGCGAGCGUACCGUGGCAGGUGCGCAUCGUGCCUGCGCUCUUGAAGAAGCCGAAUGCAAACAAAGAGGAAAAAAAGGAUGCGCCGAAACAAAACAAGCAGGACGUGUUUGCGCCACCGUAUGUGCCGAACCUGCUCGUGGCCGAGUUCCCCGACUACACGGUGCUGCUGAACAAAUUCUGUGUGCUUCCCCGUCACUAUCUGCUCGUCACGCGAGACUUUGUCAAGCAGGAGAUGCCUCCUUCGCCCGAGAUGAUCGCGACGGCCUACCGCAUCAUCCAGGCGCACGAGCCGUCGAGCCCGGGUGCGGAGAUGCUGACGUUUUUCAACUGCGGGCAAGACAGUGGCGCGUCGCAGCCCCACUGCCACUUUCAGCUCGUCGAGCUCACGCCGACGGAGGGCAGCGCGGCUGCGGUCCCGGUCGAGAACCUUUUGAACCGGAUUGAACGCGACGGAAAAGAGCACGACUUUGUGCACAUGCUCCCUGUGCCGUGGCAGCACUUUGUCGUCCUGCUCACGCCGCCAGCUGACGAGGCGCAGCUCGAAACCUACAUCGGCCAGCGCUUUACGCAGGUCCUCGACGCGAUGUUUAGCGCGGAAGACGAUCUCGCGAAGCUCACCGAUGCGCCGCCCCGCCGCGGCCUGCCGAGCUUCAACAUCCUGGUGACGAAGCAGGCGCUGCAUGUCAUUCCCCGCCGCCGCGAGGACUUUGACCUGCGCACCACCGACUGGGCGCCGUUUGCGAGCGGCGACGCGCCGGAAGGCACCGGCACUGUGAGCGUCAAUGCGCUGGGGUACGCGGGCCUGUUCCUUACGCGGCACGAGUCGGAGCUCGAGGCGCUCAGCGCCGAGGGCAAUGCGCGUAUUGCGCACGUCCUGCAACAGACCGGCACGCCUCUUCCGGUCGUAGACGCGCCCGGGGCGCAAGCGUAG